CCGCAACGGUGCGCGUUCCACUUCCUCCGGCUCCAAGCGCACUGUUCCCGGCUGUAGACGCACUGUCCCGGCUCCAGGCGCACGGUCCUCGGUUGCUCCGCCUGCUCUCUGUGUGGAUCUGUGCGUGUCUCCGUGGGUCUUCGUAACAGGCUGAAGGCCGUGGAUGCUCAGACGGUUCGCGGCGCUGCUCAGACGGAGGAUGAAGUGUGUGCUCGCGCUGGCGCUGCUCGGCGGCGCACUCGUGUUCCUCGCGUUUCCCGGAGGUUCCCAGGCCGAGGACAAGAAGAAGGGCCCCAAAGUCACGGCGAAGGUGUAUUUUGACAUGAAAAUCGGGGAGGAAGAGGUUGGGCGCAUAGUCAUUGGAGUCUUUGGAAAAACAGUCCCAAAAACAGCUGAUAACUUCAUUGCCCUGGCAACAGGCGAGAAAGGUUUCGGAUACAAGGGAAGCAAGUUCCACCGCGUCAUCAAGGACUUCAUGAUCCAGGGAGGAGACUUCACGCGUGGGGAUGGGACUGGGGGUAAGAGUAUCUAUGGCGACCGUUUCCCUGAUGAGAACUUUAAGCUGAAGCACUAUGGUGCUGGGUGGCUGUCCAUGGCCAAUGCUGGCAAAGACACAAACGGGUCUCAGUUUUUCAUCACCACUGUAACCACGCCUUGGCUCGACGGCAAGCAUGUGGUGUUCGGCAAGAUCCUGGAGGGCAUGGACGUCGUAAAGAAAAUCGAGUCAACAAAAACUGAUGGUCGAGACAAACCGCUCAAAGACGUGGUAAUUGCCAACUGUGGAACACUGCCUGUGGAGAAGCCCUUUGGAGUGACCAAGGAGGGAGUCACGAUCUAAACCUGGACUGGAUCUAGAUCUGGGGCUAAACCAGGGGUGUCCAAAUUAUGGCCCUGGGAGCAAUUUUUGUUAGCUCUUAGGCUGCCUGCUGAAUUGGCUCAAAUGAUCAGGAAUUCUGCCACUAUAAACUCUAUGACAUCAUAUUAUAUUCAGAUGCACACCUAAAAUUAAUGCCCCAAGCCUUAUUAAAGAUACAAUGGCUCUUUAAUGAGUAACGUAAAUACACCAAUAUGAGAAACCUGCUGUAAUGAACUGUCUGUGGCCCUCCGUUCUGAAUAGGCUUAGAUAUGUGGUCCACAGUGAAAAAAGUUUGGACAUGCCUGGUCUAAACAAAGGUCUAAACCAGGUCAGGGUCUUCAGGGGUGGGACUUUCAUAGGGACCAGGGGUAAAUUCAUUCCAACAUGUUUUUGUAAAAAAUGGAUCUGAAUAAAAUUUUGUUAUAAAACAUCUAA